AUGAAGUUCUCCCUCACCUUCUUCCUCGCCGGUUCCGCCUCCGCCGCUGCCAUCCAGCAGCGCGCCGCUAACGACUGCGCGACCUUCACGCCUUUCCUGGCCCCCCUCUGCGCGGUUAGCGCCCUCGCCACCAACCUCCUCUGCCCGUUCACCCCGCUGUCUCUCACAGCCAACAUAUGCCAGAACAUCGACACCGCCUGCCCCAUUCACCCACCCACGUCGUUCAUCGGGCAGCUCAACCAGCCCACGCUCAAGAAGUGCCGCAUCUCCGUGUUCCCUAGCUUCGACUGCACGGGCGACUCGGUUGACAGCGGGACCCUGCAGGGGACGAACAAGACCAAAUGCAUCGAGGCCCCCUACUUUGGUAAGCUUGUUGAAGGAGGUGUUGUUUCUGACACUCUGUUGCCGUUCGGCUACAAGAGUGUCAAGUUGGUCUGCGCUUGA